GAGUCCGGGACUUCACUGGUAGUAGUGUGCUACCCAACUUAGGAGAUCCGAGGGCGGGAGUAUCACGCGUGUGACCCUUAGAGGCGUGAUCGUCCCAGUGGAGCCGACUGUCAUUCUUCCCAAUUUGAGCCUUGGUGACCCUGUGGCUUAAGUUAGCGCCUGGACUUCGCGAAGACCACAAGACGCGUCCCCAACAGCGAGACUUAGAACCUCCUAACAGUUGUGACUCCGAAGAACCGGUUUCUGGAGACCAGGGACCCCUGGCUGGAGUGCCAUCGUCGUUAGCCUUCCUUGUGCAGCUCCUGGAGUCUUCGAAACCAACCGAAUACCCCCGCCUGAGCGCAGGGCGCUGGUACCGCGCCUCCCGCUGCCCUACAAGAGCUCGCGCCUCAGCUUCCCAGCUCGGCCCCGUCUCGCCGCGGCAGGAUGAUCGCCUCGCAUAUGAUCGCCUGCUUAUUCACAGAGCUUAACCAAAACCAAGUGCAGAAGGUUGACCAAUAUCUCUACCACAUGCGCCUCUCUGAUGAGACCCUUCUGGAGAUUUCUAGGCGGUUCCGGAAGGAAAUGGAGAAAGGUCUUGGAGCCACCACACACCCUACUGCAACUGUGAAGAUGCUGCCCACCUUUGUGAGGUCAACUCCGGAUGGGACAGAACAUGGAGAGUUCUUAGCUCUGGACCUUGGAGGGACCAACUUCCGUGUGCUCCGAGUAAGAGUGACAGACAAUGGCCUCCAGAGGGUGGAGAUGGAGAACCAGAUCUAUGCCAUCCCAGAGGACAUCAUGCGUGGCAGUGGCACCCAGCUGUUUGAUCACAUUGCUGAAUGCCUGGCCAACUUCAUGGACAAGCUACAAAUCAAAGAAAAGAAGCUCCCCCUGGGCUUUACCUUCUCAUUCCCCUGCCACCAGACAAAGCUCGAUGAGAGUUUCUUGGUCUCAUGGACCAAGGGGUUCAAGUCCAGUGGUGUAGAAGGCAGAGAUGUGGUGGAUCUGAUCCGGAAGGCCAUCCAGCGCAGAGGGGAUUUUGAUAUUGACAUUGUGGCCGUGGUGAACGACACAGUGGGGACCAUGAUGACCUGUGGUUAUGAUGAUCAGAACUGUGAAAUCGGCCUCAUCGUGGGAAGCAAUGCCUGUUACAUGGAGGAGAUGCGCCACAUCGACACGGUGGAGGGUGAUGAGGGCCGGAUGUGCAUCAACAUGGAGUGGGGGGCCUUUGGGGAUGAUGGCACACUCAAUGACGUCCGCACCGAGUUUGACCGAGAGAUCGACAUGGGCUCACUGAACCCUGGGAAGCAACUGUUUGAGAAGAUGAUUAGUGGGAUGUACAUGGGCGAGCUGGUCAGGCUCAUCCUGGUGAAGAUGGCCAAGGAGGAGCUGCUCUUCCAGGGGAAGCUCAGCCCAGAACUCCUCACCACUGGCUCCUUCGAGACCAAAGAUGUCUCAGAUAUUGAGGAGGAGAAAGAUGGCAUCCGGAAGGCCUACCAGGUCCUUGUAAGGCUGGGCCUGAAUCCCUUGCAGGAGGACUGCGUGGCCACGCACCGCGUCUGUCAGAUCGUGUCCACACGCUCGGCCAGUCUGUGUGCAGCCACCCUGGCUGCCGUGCUGUGGCGCAUCAAGGAGAACAAGGGCGAGGAGCGCCUACGCUCCACCAUUGGCGUCGAUGGCUCUGUCUACAAGAAACACCCCCACUUUGCCAAGCGUCUUCACAAGGUGGUGAGGAGGCUGGUGCCUGACUGCGAUGUUCGUUUCCUCCGCUCCGAGGAUGGCAGCGGCAAAGGGGCAGCCAUGGUGACAGCAGUGGCUUACCGGCUGGCUGACCAGCACCGAGCCCGCCAGAAGACCCUGGAGCCUCUGAAGCUGAGCCAUGAGCAACUGCUGGAGGUCAAGAGGAGGAUGAAGGUGGAAAUGGAGCAAGGUCUGAGCAAGGAGACACAUGCCAUUGCCCCUGUGAAAAUGCUGCCCACCUAUGUGUGCGCCACCCCUGAUGGUACAGAGAAAGGGGACUUCCUGGCCUUGGACCUCGGAGGAACGAAUUUCCGAGUACUACUGGUGCGUGUGCGGAAUGGGAAGCGGCGGGGAGUGGAGAUGCACAAUAAGAUUUACUCUAUCCCUCAGGAAGUCAUGCAUGGCACAGGGGAGGAGCUCUUUGACCACAUAGUCCAGUGCAUUGCUGACUUCCUGGAGUACAUGGGCAUGAAGGGCGUGUCCCUGCCUCUGGGUUUCACCUUCUCAUUCCCCUGCCAGCAGAACAGCCUGGAUGAGAGCAUCCUCCUCAAGUGGACAAAAGGCUUCAAGGCAUCUGGCUGCGAGGGUGAAGACGUGGUCACCCUGCUGAAAGAAGCAAUUCACCGGCGAGAGGAGUUUGACCUGGAUGUGGUUGCUGUGGUGAAUGACACAGUUGGAACUAUGAUGACCUGUGGCUAUGAAGACCCACAGUGUGAAGUUGGCCUCAUCGUUGGCACAGGCAGUAAUGCUUGCUACAUGGAAGAGAUGCGCAAUGUGGAGCUGGUGGAUGGCGAGGAGGGGCGGAUGUGUGUCAACAUGGAGUGGGGGGCUUUUGGGGACAACGGAUGCCUGGACGACCUCUGCACGGAGUUUGAUGUGGCUGUGGAUGAACUCUCUCUCAACCCUGGCAAACAGAGGUUUGAGAAGAUGAUCAGCGGCAUGUACCUGGGUGAAAUUGUGCGCAACAUUCUCAUAGAUUUCACUAAACGUGGUCUGCUCUUCCGAGGCCGCAUCUCAGAGCGCCUCAAGACAAGGGGAAUCUUUGAAACUAAGUUCCUGUCUCAGAUUGAGAGUGACUGCCUGGCCCUGCUACAGGUCCGAGCCAUCCUGCGCCACCUGGGUCUGGAGAGCACGUGUGACGACAGCAUCAUCGUCAAGGAGGUGUGCACCGUGGUAGCACGGCGAGCUGCCCAGCUCUGUGGUGCAGGCAUGGCUGCCGUUGUGGACAAGAUACGAGAAAAUCGUGGGCUGGAUACCCUCAAAGUGACAGUGGGUGUGGAUGGGACCCUCUACAAGCUCCAUCCCCACUUUGCAAAAGUCAUGCAUGAAACAGUGAAGGAUCUGGCUCCAAAAUGCGACGUGUCCUUCCUGGAAUCUGAGGACGGCAGCGGGAAGGGAGCAGCUCUCAUCACUGCGGUGGCCUGCCGCAUCCGUGAGGCUGGACAGCGAUAGAACCUCGGAACCCUGAAGGGACUGCUGCUCCCCUCUUCCCUGUUUGAAAUUAUGAGGUGUCAUCCCCUUGUGUUGGAGACAGACCCCUUAGCAUUUCCUUGGCAGAGAGAACCCUGUGGGACCGGGUUUUGUCUCUGAGCAUAUUCACUGUAGAGUUUGCUACCCAAUCCUUGGCCUUCCUAAGAAUCAGAAACAAGGAAUUGUUCACACCAACCACAACUUCCCACGGUUUCUCUUCAACCUAUAAAGAAGUUUCGAUCCCGAGUCACUGCCUCCACCCCAGACAAAUUCUACAUCCCUGUACAAUCCUAUGGGAUGGGGACAGUCUUGAAGACCUGGUUACCUCAUCUUGGAGCUGAGUGUGACAUUUGUAAGCAGAGGGCAUCCCCUUGCAUGGAUGUUGACACAUUCUUUCCUCAGAGGCAGACAUGGAAGGGAAGACAGGUAGAGGUGGAGGGACAUCUAUCCCCUGGAUGGCCACAUAGCUGGCUCCUCUCCAACUCAACCAUAAGCAUCACCCUGCCUGUUCUAACAUUUGCUGGAAUUGAGGGAUCCCAUAAUGGGACAAACCAAAGCUAAGACUCAACACCUGCAAGUGCGUUUGUGGGUGCAUCUCAACAAGGCCGCACCUCAGUGUGGUUACACCUCACUAUGACUGCACUUCAUGUGGCUGCAUGCCUUUGGGAGAGGAAUGAACCUUUGGGAGAGGGGACCUUUGGGUGUGUCGUUAAUUUUUUUUUCCUGCAAAAGUGGAAACACUGUAUUUUUUCAUUUAAUUUAUGUUUGAAAUUUAUUUAGUUCAUGAAGUAGGUCUGCUCCUUCAUUGUUUAAUGGUUACUUGUCUGUAAUGUAUCUAUAUAUUACUUUGUUCUGUAUAUAGAUGGCGGGGGUCUCCUCAGCUCGCCCUCAUUAAUAGAUCAGUGUAGUUCCGGGCGUGAGGUGGAGAUACUGACCAGCUCCUAGAAAUAUUUCAUUCACCUGUGGAAAGAGAGCAGCGAAGCCUCUGGGUGAGUGAAUGGCAGGGUGACAGAUUCCUUCCUCUGCAGUCUUUGAAGUGUGGAGACAGGCUGGUGCCCUGGAUUGAGGAAACCACAGCAACUGGCCACCCUGACACACACUUUCCUGAGUGAUCUCACUUGGGACAUUCACCAAAGGAAUCAUUUCAAAUACUCAUUGCUUAGAAGACUUUCUUUGUAGGGCAGUCAGUAUGUUAAAUCAGUUUGACAAGAUAAAGGAAUGCCACCAAAAAUGUGUUUGAAAAAUUUAUAUCCGACUGUCUAUCAAACCAAAAUGAAGCAACAAAACACCCAAACCAACCCUCAGGGACGUUCUGAGAUAUCUGUGCCUGUGCCCUCCUAGCGAAAACCACCUCGGGUUUGUUUUGUGUUUCACAAGAAGUGCUGUCUGUCUGCUUCCUUGAACCAAGCUGCUGACCCAUUUAAUUUUUUUUUAAUAUGGUAUUUAUUUCAAACUGGCAGAUACAGGGGGACAUGAAAGCUUCAUCCUGCCUCCCAAGUGUUCCGUUCACUCUGAAUCCAAAACCUACUUGUGUCCUAAAAUAUCGAACGACCAGAUGUUAAACCUGGAUGCAACGUGAUGAAGAGGGAAGGGCCGUGUAACACUAUUAAAUGGGGUAUAAAGGUCAAAACAGAAAGGCUGUGAGAAACUCUACAACUCAGUGGACCCAAGCUCCGCACAUUUUUCAAACUUGUGCUGAGAGCAAUGCCUGGUUACAAUGGAGUAAGACAGGGUGUAAAGAAGUCAAAGCUGCCCCUUCCUCCUGGGAGGAAAGGGCACAGGUCCUGGUUUGCUCCUGUUGGGGCUCCUCACUUUCCCCACCUGCAGGUACUGAUUUGGAACACAGGUGUGUCCAGCGACACCAAAGGCCACCCCUAGAUCUAUGCCUCACUAGGGAAUACCCACGAAAUACAGGUGAAUUUUGACUUAAUUUUUGAAUCUUAAUUUUUAAACUUUAAAACCAGGUAUUGUCUAUGAAAUGAUACAUUCUUUUAAAAGGUGUGUGUGUGUGUGUGUGUGUGUGUGUGUGUGUGGCUAUUCAAGAAGUGUUAGUUUUUAAUCUAGAACACUGGGCAAUAUGCUGACUGAGUUCCCAAUACUAGGCUUACUGUGUUCUAGCACCAGGCUGAAUAUGUUCCCAGUACUAGGCUGACAGCACUCUGUCAGUACUGCUCUGUGUGAUACAGAAGAUAGGAACCUUUCACUCAUCUCAUCCUCGAGCACUCAGUCUAGUGAACAUGUUAUCACUGUGUUCAGUAGCGAACUAGUUGAAUUAACCAUGUGAUGUUAUUAAUAAAUUUUAACCUUUUCCAAAAAUA